AUGUUCGCGAUGUUCGACGCCAAGGACGAGGGCCAGCUGUCCGACGAUGAUUUGCUGCUGCAAUCGUGGGACGACCUGAAGCGGCCCAGCAAGUUCUAUAACGGGUACAACGAGGUGGACCACUACGUCAAGCAAGGCAACCUGGCGGAGUACCUGGGGCUGAAGGCAGUGCGCGCCAUCCACGUGCCCAUCCCCGUCAACCUCAUCUUCAUCGGCUUCAAUGCCUCCGGCGACCACGGCAUGCGCAUGAGGGAGGGCGACAUGAGGCGCUGGCUGCAGCGCAUGGACCACGUGGAGGAGCACACGCGCGCGCCCCUCAACUGGCCCUCCCUCCUCGCCCGCCUCGCUCACACCAUGGGGGCGGGCGGCGAGCUGGUGCGCAGUGAUGAUGAUGACGACGACGACGAGGAGGAGGAGGGGGAGGGGGAGGGGGAGGGGUUAGAGUAUGACCUCCCGCUAAUCAGCAGCGUGCACUACAACUACACGGUGCAUGUGAUGGAGAUGGGCGAGCGCGUGGCGUCCGUCUUCCAAGCAGCAGUGCGCACACUCUCCCGCCCCGACGACCCCACCGCUGCUGCUGCCUCCCACGACGACGACGACGACCCCGCCGACUCGCCCCCGCACCCCCACCACCCCUCCUCCUCAUCAUCAUCCGGGGCGGGCGGCGCGGGGCAGCAGCAGUGGUACCAGGUGGACAUGGGCGCCAUGGCGCAUGUGGUGGACAGCCUGGUGGACUCGCUGCAGCUCGAUGCCUCCGCCUACAACGUGAUUGUGCUCAACCUCAACCGCGCUCGCGCUCGCAGGCGAUAUGGCUACAGGCUGGGUCUGUCCAAUGCAGAGUUCAACAUGCUCAAGACGUCCCCGCCUCUCUGCGCACUGCCCCUCCCACAUCCCCCUGUGCCUGCCCUUUCCAACCCACCCCGUGCACUCCCGCCGCCCCCCCCUCGCUGCCUCCCCACGCCCCUGCUUCCCUGGGGGCAGGACGACCGGCUGAGGCAGCACCUGCUGUCGCCAGGGCUGGAGAAGGUGCCGCAGGUGCUGGACGAGCAGCACGUGCCGCAGCCACUCUUCUCCUCGCGUCCGGGUCACAAGCUCGCGUGGCGCCACAUUGAGCCGCAUGAAAUCGUGAGCCGCAUUCCCGGGCCUUGCAGUGAGGUCGCUGCUGCUGGGGCGCAGAGUGUGCCAUGGGCGGCGCGGAUGACAGCGCUGCUGGGCACAGUGGAGCGAGUGGUGAGCGAGCGCGGAGACCCGCGUGCCAGCGCCGCCCGCAAGGCACAGCAGCUGCUCACCUCGGGGGACCCCCGCCGCGCCCGCGCCCUGCGCGCCGCCCUGCAAGAGGCCGAUGCCAGCUGGCAGGAGCAGUGCCUGACUGACACGUGGAUUGGCACCCGCAGGUGGGCGCUCAUGGACCUGUCUGCUGGCCCCUUCUCCUGGGGGCCCCUCUCCCCCGCCCCCCACCGCCCCGCUGCUGCCGCUGCCACCCCCACUGCACCUCUCAACACUGCUGCUGCUGCGGCUGUUGGUGGUGCUGCUGCGGCUGUUGGUGGUGCUGCUGGUGGGGCAGGAGGGAACGGCAGCAGCAGCAGUGUCAUGGGGGAUGGGUGGAGCAGCAGCAGCGUGGUAGCGGUGGAUGUGGGGGCGGGUGGCAGUGCAGCAUGGGGAGUGAGGUCGGAGGCCAGCCUACCCUCCAUAGACCGCUACUUCCAUGCCCUCUCGCAUGCUUCCUCAGAGGCGUGGGAGGGCGAGCUGAGGGGGCGCCUGGAGCGCAUGGCAGAGGAGCGGCUGGAGGCGGUGGAGGAGGGCGAGGGCGAGGGCGAGGGCGAGGGGCAGCACGCGGUGGACGUGCUGCUGGCGGAGCUUGACGUCUACCACACCUUCGCCGCCCGCCACUGCACUCACCGCGCCGUCCCCAGCGCUCUCUGCCGCGGUGGGUGGGUGGGUGCAAGGGGUGGUUGGGUGCAAGGGGUGGUUGGGUGCAAGGGGUGGGUGGGUGGGUGCAAGGGGUGGGUGGGUGCAAGGGGUGGUUGGGUGCAAGGGGUGGUUGGGUGCAAGGGGUGGUUGGGUGCAAGGGGUGGUUGGGUGCAAGGGGUGGUUGGGUGCAAGGGGUGGUUGGGUGCAAGGGGUGGGUGGGUGGGUGCAAGGGGUGGGUGGGUGCAAGGGGUGGGUGGGUGGGUGCAAGGGGUGGGUGGGUGGGUGCAAGGGGUGGGUGGGUGGGUGCAAGGGGUGGGUGGGUGGGUGCAAGGGGUGGGUGGGUGGGUGCAAGGGGUGGGUGGGUGGGUGCAAGGGGUGGUUGGUCCUGCUUUCGUGCACGCAUUGCAUGAUGCUUGCUUCAAUGGGGGGGGAUGGUUUGGGCUGGCUGGUGCAUGUUGGCUGCAUGCAAGAAAUGCACCGCCACGCUGCCAGAGCACACCAAGAGCACUGCACGCCUCUUGCUCCCUCUCCCCCAAUGUGCACGUGCGUGUGUUGCGCGCAGAGCUGCAGCAGAAGCUGGAGGAGGUGAAGGACGACCUCGCCAAGCACCAGGGCGGCAGCGCCACGGCCGGCAGCGUCUUCACGGGGCGCAGCGUGCGGGCGGCACUGGAGCGCCUGCACAGCUGGAAGUUCCAGAGUGUGCCGCCCGACAGGCAUGCGGGCAAGGGCGGGGCGGGGGAGAGCAGCCCUGCAGUGACGCGCGCGUGGGACAUGCUCAUGGCUGAGCUGGCGGCCACGCUGGCAUCCGCCAUGCGCCACGUCAUCACGCCGUCCACGGCUGCUGGCGCGUACCACUUCUACGAGCGCGUGUCCUUCCACCUCUACAUCAUCUCCCACCAGGCGUACUACGAGAGGCGCCACACACCACAGUACGUGGAGGAGUUCAAGGCGGAGGUGCAGAAGCUGUGCCUGCCGGGCCAGCGCUUCCACUUCUCCACCUACCGGUGCGUCAGUGCACGUGGGGCGGGGUGUGAAGGCCAGGCUGCUGCUCAUCUCCACUCGUAUUACCUCCUGCUUCCUUUGCCUGGGCUUCCUGACAUGCCGCUCACAUGUCACCACACCCACUGCCACCACCCACCUGUCCCACUCGCCCCAACCUCCCCUCACCACCCUAUCCUUCCCCCAACUUCCACCCCGCUCCCUCUGCCGGCCAGGCUGCUGUCUGUGGCGGAGGACGCGGCCCUGGCGACGGCCUUCUCCGCCUCGCUGCGCGCCGCCGUGCUGCCCUCCGCGGCCGCGGGUGGCAAGGCGUCAGCGGGGGGGCGCGUGCAGCUGUACCUGGACUCGCACGUGCUGCAGCACCAGCUGCGCUCGCUGGGGGACGACAGCCUGCAGCGAUGUGAGGUGGCAGAGAUGGGAGACGAGAUGUGCUGGGACUCGCUUCGGGGGGAGCGCGCGCAGCUGGACGUGCCGGUGUUCUUCUUUGCCAUCACGUCAGACCCCAUCCUUAUCGACCAAUCGCUGCUCGCCAAGUCACUUCCUGACAUGGUGCUCUCAGUGCAGCUGCCGCACCGCCACUGGCCCACCGGCGUCACCUGCAACGGCAAAGAGAUGCACGCCGACCUGCGCGACCCCCUGGCGGCAGUGCUAGCGGCCACAAUGGAGCACCUGGCGGGGCUACUGCCAGCUCACAUUUCCUUCUCCGCCGCCCACUCCUUUGUCGUUCAGGACUGGCGGUGGGCGGCGGGGGGGCAUCCCUUGGCGGCCAUCGGAGGGGGCCUGCUGGGAGGAGGAGGGGCGAGCAGCGCUCAUGUGUCAUCACUGCAACAGGACGCCAUGGCGCGGUCGUUCGUGGUGACGGCGCUGGACGAGGCUGUUGCCACUGUCAACCGUGCCAUUGCACACCUCGCUGCUGAGACCACCCGUGAGUUCCCCCUCGCCUGCCUGUGUACCUACCUGUCUGCUGGGAUGUAUGUGCGCUGUGCUACAACUUACGAGGACACGUAUGCGGUGUUCAAGCGGUGGGAGCGGCAGCUAGCGGGGCAGUACAACGCGGUGGUGGAGGGGUGGCGGCGGGUGGCGGCAGCGGUGGAGGCCAUGGACUAUGGGGGCGCGCUGCACCUGCUGCCAGGGAUUGAGGGCGCUGCUGCAAGGUAUGGUGCUGGGGUGAUGGGGCUGUGA